UGUUAACAACACAGUCACAUGACUACUAACCAGCUGAUGUCUUUUCGCACUAGAAUAUCAUGAAGAUCACGACAUCGGUUACAAAUCUGUCAUCCUCAAGGUGUAAUAAACGUAGUGCAAUAUAUUUUAUUGAUUAUUAGAGAUAUCUGUUUGCCGUCACGUCAUCCAGACGGAAUUGAAGUACAGAAGACUGUUUCUAGCCAAAAAAACAAGAUGUCAGGAAAAGAGAGGAUCGACGUAUUCCCCUCUAGAAUGGCUCAGACCAUCAUGAAGGCCCGUCUGAAGGGGGCCCAGACUGGCAGGAACCUACUGAAGAAGAAGGCUGAUGCUCUCUCCAUGCGCUUCCGUCAGAUCCUCCGCAAGAUCAUUGAGACAAAGACCUUGAUGGGCGAAGUGAUGAGGGAGGCGGCCUUCUCUUUAGCUGAGGCGAAAUUCGCUGCUGGCGACUUCAGCACUACUGUCAUCCAGAAUGUUAACAAGGCCAAGGUGAAGGUUCGGGCGAAGAAGGACAACGUGGCAGGUGUCACUCUACCCGUGUUUGAGCUCUACCAAGAAGGAGGGGACAGUUAUGAGCUGACAGGUCUGGCCAGGGGAGGAGAGCAGCUCUCCAGGCUGAAGAGGAACUAUGCUAAAGCAGUGGAGCUGCUCGUGGAGUUGGCCUCCUUACAGACUUCCUUCGUCACACUGGAUCAAGCCAUCAAGAUCACCAACCGCCGUGUGAAUGCCAUCGAGCAUGUAAUCAUCCCCCGCAUUGAGCGUACCCUCAGCUACAUCAUCACAGAGCUGGAUGAGAGGGAACGAGAAGAGUUCUACAGGCUGAAGAAGAUCCAGGAGAAGAAGAAGCAGAUGAGGGAGAGGACUGAGAAGGAGAUCGCCAUCCGUCUGGCCAAGCUGGGCCCCAUCGCUGAGCCGUCCAACAUGCUGAUGGAGGAAACCGACGAGGACCUGCUGUUUGAGUGACAUCCCAUUAGUCAUCCUAUUUAUUCAUGUUGUCUUUGUGUACACCGGUGAUGUUUUGUCGUUUUCAGUAUUGGAGAUGUCCCAGAUGAGCUUUAAACUUUAAAGUCAGAACUUUGCUCACAGCAGUUCACUAGUGCAUUGACGUUGUUAAAUCUGACAUUCGUUAUCUUUUGGAUACUUAAAGCAGCAAAUAAAAUAUAGAUUAAGUAAAGUAACAUGGUUUACAUAUGUGGCCUGUAUUCAGCAUUCCAUCUGAUUGGAUGAGGACAUAGAUACGUUUACGGUUUCACCAGAACACUCAAAACAAUGCGUGCCGUUGUUCUUUUCCCCCGAAGUGUCUGCUUUGUGGAGGCUAGUCCCGUCCAUGUGGGGUUAUCCGAAGUGUCUGCUUUGUGGAGGCUAGUCCCGUCCAUGUGGGGUUAUAAUAAACAGACUUACAUUCUAUGGCAUUGACCCUUUACAGGAGGAUGGCUAACAUGUAGGUACCUCAUCCAAAUAAAGAUUCUGUAUAUUCCUCAA